CGCCGCGUGCAUUAUAGGAUUAUAGCCAACGCUUUUUGACUGCUGAAUUUAUACAGUUUUGGACAGCUUUUGGUGGCUAAGAAUAAGGAGAUAUGUGAGUUUUGCUUUUUGGAAACAUGGAUGGAGAAGAGGUAAAUAAUCAGUUAUAAUUGUAUUGCUUAUAUGACAAAUUGGAUCGUUAGAUUCGGCCCAUGUAUAUUCGGCCAUAUUUACAAUUUCCAAUCUAUAUUAAAUCAUAUCUGUAUUUAUACUCAUUUUUGGUUUCAUAUGGUGUAAUGGAUGCUGAUAGUAGAAUAUAUGGCGUCAGACCUCAGUAUUAUUUCGGCCAUAUUUGCAAUUUCCAGUGUAUACAGUAUAGGAUUGUUUCAACAUAUUGAAUCACAUCUGUAUUAAGCCUGUUUUCAUACGUCGAAUUUUGGUCAUUCGACACGACCAAAAUUCGACGUAUAAAACAGGCCUUACUCAUUUUUUGUUUCAUAUGAUGUAAUGGAGGCUCAGAUUCAUUAAUAUGUAAAAUACCUAAUCACACACUAUCAUGCUUAUUGGCCAUUUAACCAUAUGUUUAUGUAAAUAGUGUGUAUAAUAUAUGGCAUCAGACCUCAGUAUUAUUUCGGCCAUAUUUGCAAUUUCCAGUGUAUACAGUAUAGGAUUGUUUCAACAUAUUGAAUCACAUCUGUAUUAAGCCUGUUUUCAUACGUCGAAUUUUGGUCAUUCGACACGACCAAAAUUCGACGUAUAAAACAGGCCUUACUCAUUUUUUGUUUCAUAUGAUGUAAUGGAGGCUCAGAUUCAUUAAUAUGUAAAAUACCUAAUCACACACUAUCAUGCCUAUUGGCCAUUUAACCAUAUGUUUAUGUAAAUAGUGUGUAUUAUGCACGACCUUUGAAAAACAGACACCUGAAAGGCUACCACCAAUUGCCACCGGCAUUGUAAAGAGAUAUAAAUUCAUCAACAUUAAAGGUGAUAUAAAGUCUGUUCUCGCAUACGUUUUGUGCAGGCCUACAUUCCAAUGGUUAGCCGAUCAAUUUAAUCAUAUUUUACAACUGUAGCACUGAGUUCAAAAUGUAAACAAUGCGUUUGUUUACAUUUCAAGUGACUGUACACCAUAACCUGCAUCACCCGCAUACAUAUAUAUACAUGAAUAAAAAAUUUGUGGUUAUAAAUGCUUGGCAACUGUACCUCUGUAGCUAAGCGGUCAGCCGCAGGUUCGAUAAGUUCCUGCCGGUGUUGCAUUUUUUGCAGCUCCGUCGUCCCCGGUUAGGUAAAAAAUUCUAUAUAUAUAAUAAUCUAUAUAAAAACCAUCAACAUUAAUUUCUAUUGAGUGAGAUGCACAAAACAUGUAAUGUUUUAUUUCACAUGUUUAAAUAAGGCGAAAUAAAUCGUAUUUAUCCCAACCUAACCAUUGCUCCUUUUGUACUUAAUCAUAAUGCAUUAUCUCUCUUAGAUUAUCCUAGGCAAUGCAACAAAAAGGUGCAAAAGCAAGUGUCCUGCAUGUCCAUUUGUAUAUGCAAACUUCUGGAAGCCAAAAAGCUACCCAGAGUGCAAAUAUGAAAUUGGUGUAAGUUACAUUCCCAAGGAGAAAAAAGCGAAAAAACUCCACCCUGACUGUGCUCAUGUUGGUAGAAAUGUGUACUCUGUGAAAACAAGCACAAGAGGUGGCAGUUGAAGUAUUCGGUGGCAAAGUGGUUACCGGUAGCGCACUUGCCUUUCACCUCUGAGACCGCAAGUUCAAGCCUCAGUGAGAACUUCUCAAUGUGUUUUCUCUGGGUACUCCGGUUUCCUCCCACAGGGAAAGUUGACAGGGUGGGUUAGGCACAUACAGUAGGUCAGGAGGCAGAUCAUUAAUGAGGUAUGGACUAAUAGUGGCUGCUCAAGGAGCCAUUUAUAAGCUCAAAGUCUACCUCGGUCUGCUUCACGUCAGUCCGGUUCUAUCUAUCUAUUCACAAUGUAACCAGUCACUGAAAAGCCCUGAUAGGGAGUGUGCUGUGAAAUAUCUGUAUCUGUAAGUAUGUAAAUAAUUAAAGCACUUCUGUAACAGUAGUUUAUAUAAAGUGAAAUUUAUUGUUUGGCUGAUGUUUUAGAUUUGCCAUUUGGGAUUUUGUCUGGAUUCUAUUUUUGUCAAUGAUUUUGUCUGUAAGAAUUAAGCAUCAUCAUUAAAUUUGGAGGUAAUAUCGGUCCUUCCAAUCUGUACAGACCUUCUACAUCUGCAAGAUCUCCGAUGCUAAGAUUGUUUCCAUCAAGUGACCAAAACCUUGUUCACCUCCC